AAAAACUUCCGCAGUAACAAAAACACAGAGCGAUCAGCUGACACUGUGUGCAGUAGUAGAAAGUGCAGAUAUGCAGUAGUACAUUUUAGAGUUUGACAUUUGUCUCUUAAUGUCCAUGUAACUACAGUGUGAGAAAACUGAGGAACGUUAACAGAAAGUGGUAUCUGGAAGUUGUCAGAAGUGAGUGGAAGAAGUCGUCUCCCAGCAACAACAAACAAGUGCAAUAUGGGCAGUGAGUACCAACCACUGACUUCAGCAGAGUCAGGCAGAAGCUUGCUUAUAGAGACGUCAGAGUGCUUUAUAUGCACGGAUGUUGAACUUCAAGCCAGUGACCCACUGAGGAAUUUCUGUAACUGCAAGAAUUUACUUGCCCAUCACGUGUGCCUGUCCACGUGGAUCCAGAAGGGAUUUGGGAGCGAAGACAGGCUGCGCUGCAUUAUCUGCAAAGCCAAGUACCAGCUCCAGAGGAGUUCUCCAUGGCGGUCGCUGGGCUUCCGGUGGCAAACGUGGCUCGUGCUGAUCGCUGCAUGUGUUCUGCUGGCUCUGGUACCUUAUGUUGUUUACUGCAUGAUGACCGCCUUCACCAACCCUCCUCCUCCCAUCAGCUUUAAUGUGGCAGCAGCUUCUUUUGGUGUACUGACAGAGAUCAUCCUAAUCAAGUGUCUGUCCAGCUACAUCAGCAGUCGUUACCGGCAGGCUGAGCAGAGCUCCUUCACAGUCCGGCCCAGAGGCUUGGACAGGGACAGAACGAGUCCUGGCUGCUGGGAUCGGUCUGCAACCCCGGCAGAUCACGCUUCAUCGACGGCCUCACCCAGUCAAAUGGACUCAAGGAAAUGUUGUAAAGUGAAUCUCUCUUUUCUGAACCACUAACAGAGUAACAGAGUUUACAGAACACAGGAUCGUAUUAAAUCCCAUGGGUAUUAGCCGUUCAAGAUAUCGCAACAGUUUAUCAGCGUGGCAUUAAUGAGAUCUUUCACUUUAAACCCUGUUUCCGAGGUGUCAAAUAUUCUGGUGUCAAACCCUUACACUUUUAUUCAGUGGGUAUAUUCUCGCAUAUUGCAAAUUGAUCAUAAGGAAGCUAAUGCACGCAGCUUGCAUGUUCAGGCUCCGGGAGAGAGAAAAAAAAAAAAGCCUGGAAUCACUCUCUUUCCUUAAUGAUGUCCACACAGAGACAAUGGGGCGCCGCUCUGAUUAGUGUCACCUGUCCUUGUGCAUCUCAUCAGCUCCAUUAUGACUCAAUCUCCCAUGCUUCUUCUGCUAAUUGAAUAGCCUGUGAAGUGGUGACGAGGACGGGGGCGAGAGCAACGUCUGUUCUGCUGCUGCUUCAGAAAUGAGAGGGAAGCUUCCCAGUGAGACACCACUGUGGUUCUUAAAACAUAAAACCAUUAUCAUACAGAUGGAAAAAGUGCUAACAAGUAGCCCUCAUGUUAUAUUACCUUCAUAUCAUCUGCAGAUUGUGUUAUAUUUAACAGCUUUCAAUAAGCUAUAACUAAUAUCUGUCCAUUAAAUAUACUGUAAGGCUACAGCCAGCAGCUGGUUAGCUUAGCUUAGCUAAGUAGUAGGUUAGUAGGGGUUGUGCUGGACAUUCACAAAAUGUCAAAAUAUUCCUCUAAAAUUAUUCUCUAUUUUCCUUUUUGACAACAAAUUUCAUUAAAGAUGAUGAUGUAAGACUCAUUCGGGGGGCACAAUUUCUGCCGUUGACCCUGUGCUCACCUGCUAUUUUUCUGUUUUAUGUGGAUCAACGUACAUUCACCUACAGUGACUGGGUUUUUGCAGUGUUAACAGGUAAUUCUCUGAGAAAAGGAGGCAACUACGAGAAAAAUAAGAUUGAAGCGUGAGUAGGCUUAAAUCCACUAAUGGGUGUGGCCUGAAAGAAGGAAGAAUGCUCUGUAACUAACAGUCACGCCUUUUCUAAUGAGCUAAAUGUUUAUUACAGUAGUUAUGACUGUGUGGUGCCGGUGUGUAACUGAGUCAAAAAGAAAGGCCACUGGCCCAGACAGACUACAGGGACAUGUCCUUAAAGACCCAAUUAAAAGGAGUAUUUACAAUGUCCUUGCAGUACUAUUCCACUACUUGUUAAACACAUGCAUAGUGCAAAACUAACAAUCAUGAAGUCUGUUCCCAAAAAUGCCAAUAUAGUCUGUGGGAACAAGGGGAAUUUUUCAUGCUAUUGAGGU